GACUCUAACCCUAACCUGUCCUGACAAAAAACAAAUGACACUUAAUAACAGAAACAUUGUCAUAUACGUUUUUGACUUGUCAUGUCACGCUUAUGUAAAUACUUUCAAGAUACUUUUAAAAUGUAACCAUAUAUUUAUACAUGCACUUCGUUAGUUAAGUGUUUCUUAUGAAUUAUGAUUUGUAGUAUUUAGGGUUUUUUUUCCAUUAGGCUAUUAAUUGAACUGACAUUGUUUAUUAUUGCUAUUCUCCUUAAUAUAGUCUUGCCAACAUUUCUAAGUUGUUCACCGUUCAUUUUAACUAUUGUAUUGUUUUUAUUUGUAUGUCUGGACAAAAGCAUCUACCAAAUCCCAUAACCAUGUUCAAAUGAAAGAUAACCUUGUGUGUAGAUUAAAAAUAUCUAUUUUCAAUGCAUUUAAAGGUAAUUUGUACAAGCAGCAAUGAUGACAACAGUACUCUUCCUCAUGGUUUGGACAAUCUUGCUCACCCCUUGCCUCUUGGUUCAGGAGGAGCCUUCACCUAAUAUCACACACCUUACAUUUAAAAAUAUGAAUUUUGCCAUGGACCUGUACAGGAAGAUCUCUAGCUACCAUGAUAACAACAUUUUCUUCUCACCACUUUGUUUGUCCACUGUGUUCACUGCCCUCUCCCUGGGUGCUCGUGGCUCUACCCGAGAUCAGAUUCUUAAAGGACUAAACUUGGAUCUGUUAGAACACCAAGGCACAGGUGCUCUUAUAGCGGAACUUUUUCAGCAUCUCCAAAGGAACAUAACCCAAGAUGAUGCAUUAAUGUUUCACCAAAGCACAGCCCUAUUUGUGGGACAGGACUUUGAGAUUGAAAUGGCCUUCAGUGAGCAGAUCAAAACGUUUUUUGGGGCCGACAUCAACCAUGUGGAUUUUGCAGACCCAAAAGUUAGCAUGGCUACCAUUAAUGAGUAUGUGAGGAAGCAGACAGGAAAUAAGGUGACAGAAAUGGUGGCAGCAAUUGAGCCUUUCACAAAACUCAUGCUUAUCAACACAAUUUUCUUCAAAGGUACCUGGGAACUUCCUUUUAGCCCAAAUGACACAGAACAUGCCCGCUUCUAUGUUGACAAAUACAACAUUGUGCAGGUGCCCAUGAUGUUUAAGCAUGAUAAAUUUUACAUGACAUAUGACAAGGAAUUGAAAGUCAAGGUGUUACAUCUUCCCUAUGUGGGUGGUUCAGCCAUGCUUAUUGUUCUACCUGACACUGAUACUGACUAUACUGAGGUUGACGAAGAAAUUACAGCCACAAGGUUCAUUAACUGGACACAAAAUCUGAAGAAGACGAAACUUGAUGUUUACCUGCCCAAAUUCAAGAUGGAACAGUCAUACACUGUGCAGAAAAUACUCCCAGAGCUUGGCAUUUCAAAUAUCUUUCAAGACACUGCAAACCUAACGGGGCUGAGCAAAAGUCCUGGAUUGAAAGUGUCCGAGGUGUUGCACAAAUCUGUGAUUGAGGUGGAUGAAAAGGGCACCACAGCUGCAGCUGCCACGACUGUGGGCAUCACUGGUUUCUCUCUGCCUCAAACCUUCAUGAUCAACCGACCUUUCUUUUUCUUUAUUUAUCAUGAGCGCACAAACAGCCUACUGUUCAUGGGCAGAGUGAUAGACCCUUCUAAAUGUUGAUCUUUGUGUUUUUUUUUUUUUUUUAGUAACUGCGUAUUAAAAUGUUUAAACAAAAUUAUCUUAGACAAAUACAAUGCAUUAGAUUUUUAAAUGCUUUUGAACGCUAAUUCAUGACUGUCAGCUUCUUCGUUUUUCUUCAGCUAUACUGCUUGACAGACUUAAUCAAUAAAUGCAGUUGAAAUGUGGGUUGAGACCUUCUGCCACCUGGUGGUUGUUUGGGUACAUUGCCGUAGCCUCGAAAAAAGUCGGCUUGACAGCCUACGGGAUCUCUGCGGGAUUGCCACGGCAAAAGGUGCAUUCUCAACCCGUACCCACCGUAAGUCUCUAACUAAUACAUUAUCUGUGCCCCACCCCCAAUCCGCAUUUGCAUCAUUUUACCAUUGUAGAUGCAGUUUGUCGGUAUGGUGGGCCACUGGUGUUGUGGCUUCGUCCUGAUAGCUUCUCUGGCAUGUACAGGCUCCCUGCCAUGAUCAACGCGGAGUUGAUCUCACAUCCCAUACCGCAUCACUGCAGAUCUGGAUUAAGGUGCAAAUGAGGUUAAUAUGGCACUUAAGCAUAUUUUUUCUUACACUGAAUAUUAAAGCACUUUUACAUAACAUUAUGCAAAAUAUUUUGAGAUUUCCCAUAAUUAAUGAGAAGCUUGAAUUAGACUGUGCUGUGUGUUAGAGUGUUGUGUGUGGUGUGAGGUGUGUGUGUCACUCAUUAAGUCCAUGCCUGAGAGACUGCAAGCUGUUAUAAAAGCCAGAGGUGGUGCAACAAAGUACUAGUGGUGCGUUGAAGUGUUCUUUUGUCAAUUUGUUUUUCAUGAUUCCAUAUUUUUUUCCUUGGAAUUGAGUGAUUCCAUAUUUAUUUUUUUCUUGAUUUCCUUUAAUGUGUCCUAAAGCCAGAAAGUUGCCAUUUGAAAUUAACCUAGUUUGAGUCAUGUCUGUGAUCUGGCUUUUUUCUAAAAAAUUAAACAACUGGAUUUAUGCCAGGGGUUGUAGUUGGGGCUGUAGCAGCAAUCAUUUUAUUUUUAUGUUUAUGUUAAUGUUAUGUUUUAUGUUGUGUUGUUUUUUGUAUAGCCUAUGUUAACAUAGAAAAUGUAGGACUUCUUUUGGUAAGACAUAGAUAUACAAUGAAACACAUAGUCACACAAAUAUUAGAUGGAACACAAAAACAUAGUUAUACAACAUGAUCAGACAAAUAUAUAUUCACAGAUAUAGCAGAAGUCAUUUUUGUACUUUGUGGAUUGAGGACUGACUAAGCCAGACCUAGUUCUCAUCCUCACAAAAACGCUUGGUUGGAAUUGAAUGUAAUAACCAGAAUACAGUAAAGUCACACAA